UUUCUGGAGUGUGUGUGUGUGUGUAGCAGUGUGCGACUCAGUCGGGUGUGUGUGUGCGCGCGCGUGUGGGUCAAUGUGCCGCUCACAGAGAGUGUAAUUAAAGUCGGCAGGACACCGAAAGACGAGGAGUGGGAGGAGGAGGAGGAAGAGGAGGAGGAGGAGGAGGAAACCGUCUAAACUUGGUGAAGAAGGGACAAGAAGGAGAGGAGAGAGAGGAGGAAGAGCAAACAAGUGUGAAGCUGCAGAACAAACAGAGAAGAGGGAACGCUGGCUGAGCGUGACGGGAACUGGACUACUACCGCGCUGAAACUGAUACCACUGCUGCUGACAGCACUACUACAGAGUGGGAGCCGUGGAGGGAAUGCUGAGAGGGAUUAUCUCUCCCUGAGGACCCAGCACUAAUCUCUCACUAUACACACACACACACACACACACACACACACACACACACACACACACACAUGCACCUGUGUGUCUUGUAAAGACCUUUGGCAUGUGGAUUAUUGACUUUGUAGUGUCUGCAGAGUAGCCAUGUUUGACGUCCUGUUGCAGUUUCCAGUGUAGUAAUAAUUAGUCGUAGUAGUGUACUGAGUGUAAUACUCUUAAUACUCAAGUACAUUCAUAAAACCACUCUGUGUAGUUUGAUGAACUGUUCACUGCUUUAACCACAGUACUAAAGGCUGUAGUGCUGUUGUAGCUGUACCUGCUGCAGACAUGCUUUUCUAUUAGCAGUUUCAUUAUAACACUUUUUAAAUGUAGUACUUUGAGUACGGUACAUUUGGAAGUUUGGGUCCUCGGGGUCUGGCUGGUGGACACUGUUUGAAUAUAUAUUUAAGAGCCUUGUCCAGUAAGAUCACAUGAUCACAUUUUAAAGGUAGAUACCAUUUUAGGCUUGUCAGUUUCACAGACUACAUUUCUCCUCUACAUGGCAUUCCUUUGAACACCUUGGAAGGACAUUUGGAGUACGUGAAGGAAGGUUUGAGUCCUCCUCUGGGUACUGUUCAGGACUACGGUCAUAUAAGGACUUUUUAUUUGGAAGGUUAUUGCAAAUUCUGCAAUAGCUACCCAGAAUUCCAUGAGUUGCAGCCUAUCCUGCCAAAAUGUGACAAGACAUGACACCGCAGGAGCUGAAAAAAUGUACGUCAUGGAUCCUGACCAGGGAACAGAUACUGAGCCGGAACAUGGGGCUGGACUCGAGGCCUGCGGUGGUGCACCUGAACAACAACAGGGAGAAACAGGGAGAGGAGGAGAAGAUAAUGGUGAUGAAGAAGAAGAAGAAGGGCUACUAAAUGUAAAAGCAGAUUAUGAGGAAUUCAGCUCUGCGUCCUCCUCCUCCAACUCCUCCCUGCCAUCCUCCUCCACUUUUCCUCCGGCCUUCUCCGCAGCCCCCCCGAUCUGCGUGGAGGAAGAUAAGGAGACGCUUAGCGGCUGCUCCAGGUCUUUCACCGGACUCAAGCUCUUCAACAGGAGGAAAGCGAUAGCUAAGUCCGGCCUACACCAUCUGCCCUGUCAGCCCAGUACAUCAUCUCUGAACAGGACUGACCCAGAAGCAAGCAUCCGCAGUACUGUGGACUGGACGGAUUCAGCUCUGUAUGGAGAUCAUAUCUGGUUUGAGACGAAUGUAUCUGGAGACUACUGUUACGUUGGGGAGCAACACUGUAUUGCCAGAGCGCUGCAAAAGUCUGUCGGGCGAAAGAAGUGUGCCGCCUGUAAGAUAGUCGCCCACACCCUCUGUAUAGAGCAGCUGGAGAAGUUUCCCAGCUCUAGAGCCAUUCUUCUGGACGCCACCCUGCCCCUCAAUGACCCCGACUUUAGAAUUAAUUUUAGGUGUAAACCGUCUUUCAGAGAAUCAAACUCCAGGAACAUUCGAGAGCCCAUCGUGGUGCGUCAUCACUGGGUGCAUCGGAGACGGCAGGAGGGGAAAUGCAAGCAAUGUGGGAAGGGCUUCCAGCAGAAGUUUGCGUUCCACAGUAAAGAGAUUGUGGCCAUCAGCUGCUCCUGGUGCAAACAGGCUUAUCACAACAAAGUGUCCUGCUUCAUGCUGCAGCAAAUUGAAGAGGCUUGCCCGAUCGGAGCUCACGCUGCCCUUAUAGUUCCGCCCACAUGGAUCAUUCGGGUCCGACGGCAUCAGUCCUCUAUGAAGUCGAGCAAGAAAAAGAAGAGAACGUCCUUCAAGAGGAAAAGCAGCAAGAAAGGAGCAGAGGAGGGACGACAGUGGAAGCCGUUUAUAAUCCGACCGAUCCCUUCACCGCUGAUGAAACCACUGCUGGUGUUUGUCAACCCCAAGAGCGGAGGAAACCAGGGCAAUAAGAUCCUGCAGUCCUUCAUGUGGUAUCUGAACCCUCGACAGGUGUUUGACCUGAGCCAAGGAGGACCAAAGGAGGGCUUGGAGCUGUAUCGCAAAGUCCACAACCUGAGGAUCCUGACCUGUGGAGGAGACGGCACUGUGGGUUGGAUCCUGUCUUGUCUCGACGAACUGGUAUUAAAUCCUCAACCUCCCGUUGCUGUGUUACCGCUUGGGACAGGAAAUGACCUCGCCAGGACCCUCAACUGGGGAGGGGGCUACACAGAUGAACCUCUGUCAAAGAUCCUCUCUCAUGUUGAGGAGGGAACUGUUGUCCAGCUAGACAGAUGGAAUCUACAGGUUGAACCAAACCUUGGUGCAGGGGCUGAACCGGAUGAACAGCAAACUGAUAAGCUUCCUCUAGAUGUUUUCAACAAUUACUUCAGUCUUGGAUUCGACGCCCACGUGACUCUGGAGUUCCAUGAGUCAAGAGAGGCCAACCCAGAGAAGUUUAACAGCCGUUUUAGGAAUAAGAUGUUCUACGCUGGGACAGCUUUCUCAGAUUUCCUGAUGGGAAGCUCCAAAGACCUGUCUAAGCACAUCAAAGUAGUGUGUGACGGGACAGAUUUAACAUCAAAGGUUCAGGACUUGAAGCUGCAGUGUCUGGUCUUCCUCAACAUCCCCAGGUACUGUGCAGGCACUACACCCUGGGGAAACCCCAGUGAUCAUCAUGACUUUGAACCACAACGCCACGACGACGGAUACAUCGAGGUCAUCGGAUUCACUAUGACCUCACUGGCUACUCUCCAGGUCGGAGGUCACGGCGAGCGGCUGAACCAGUGCAGAGAAGUCACCCUCACCACGACGAAACCUCUCCCAGUACAGGUGGAUGGUGAGCCGUGCCGACUUGCCCCCUCUGUCAUCCACAUCAGCCUUAGAAACCAGGCGAACAUGGUUCAGAAAACCAAGCGGCGGACCUCACUGCCGCACCUCAAUGAUCAGCAGCCAGUCCCAGACAGACUGAGGAUCCGGGUGAGCCGGAUCAGUAUGAGCGACUAUGAGGCUCUGCACUAUGACAAGGACAAGCUGCGACAAGCAUCCAUUCCUCUGGGUCUGAUUGUGGUUCCUGGUGACAGCGACUUAGAAACCUGCCGAGAACACAUCCAGCGUUUGCAAGAGGACUUUUGCUCUGUCCACCCCUCCUUCAGAUGUUUGGGACCGCAGGAAGAAGCUGACAAGCCAAGGAUUCUGUCCUCGCAGAGAUUAUCUCCAAAGUGGUGUUUCCUUGACUCCACGACAGCAGAUCGUUUCUACAGGAUAGACAGAGCACAAGAGCAUCUCAACUACGUGUCGGAAAUCUCCCAGGAAGAGAUCUUCAUUCUGGACCCUGAACUGGUUGUUAUGACGACUGUAGGCACCUCCCCGUCGGCCAUGCCUGACCUGGUUAACCCUUCCUCCAGCUUGGUCAACAGCAGUUCUUCCCAGAGGCAGCGAGUGAACAGUGACAGCUCUGCAGCUGAAGCGCUGACAAACAACUCGGCACCUGUGGCCAGCAAACUCAGCAGGGCGGGUUGCAUCCAUCGUUCCAACACCACUGCAGCUGAUUUUAAACCGAAACUAAGACAGGACAAAAGCCAGAAGACAAGUGAAACGGAGAGAGAGAAAGAGAUGCUGAUCGAGUGCGUAAAGAACAAGGAUAUGAAGAAGCUGCAGGAGCUGCACCUGAAGGGAGCAGACCUCACCACGCUGGAUCUGUCGGGCUGCACUUUACUGCACCACGCCGUCAGCGCAGGAAGCAAAGAGAUGGUCCGAUACAUCCUCGACAAUGCUCCAAGUGACCUGCUGGAUGUCACAGAAAAACUGCAUGGGGAGACGGUUCUUCAUCGAGCUGCAUCUCUGUGCCACAGGACCAUCUGCCAUUAUCUAGUAGAAGCCGGAGCGUCACUAAUGAAAACAGACCUACAGGGCGAUACUCCUAAGAACCGAGCUGAGAAGGCCCACGAUGCGGAACUGGCCGCCUACCUGGAGAACAGACAGCAUUACCAGAUGAUCCAGAGAGAGGACCAGGAAACGGCAGUCUGACACGGUCGAACUCGUCGCGGCCAGGACGAGGACGAAGAAGCGGCUGUGUUUCUCCCUCAGCUACAUGAGACUGACACCAGCUCAUUUAGGCCCGUGUGACGGGAGGAACUGCUACACGGACUCAAGCUGACUUCUGUCACGUGUCCUUCCCGGAAAGCACGAAAAACUAAGAAUGAAGCUGUGCCAAAUCUGAUCAAUAAACAUUUAAUGCUGAUUAUGACAGUGAUCGUAAUGACAGAGGCGUAUGUUGAUGAGGCGUGCAGAUGGAGGUUAAGAUUACGAGGCGUUCAUUGAGUCAUUCCGUUUCAUUUUGAGUAGCUUUGUAAUAAAAGUGUUAGUAAAAUCAAGAAGAUAGAAACAGCCUUGGGGUGAUCAGAAUCUUGUUUGUGAUUUUGAAUAGCAAUUUGGGGAGUUGAAAAUUUAAAGGACCCCAUUGUCACUCAAAGUAAACAUUAUGCCAUUAUUUAGUAAUAUUCAGAUGUUUCUUGAUGUCAGAUUGUCUUGUUGUCAAUCAGUGUCAGACUCGUGUCAUGGUUAAAAAAAAAAAAAAAAAAAAAUACUCAGGAAAUGUAGUUUAUUUCAUACGCCCACAGAUUUCAAACAACAGACUAAAAAAGCCUGGUUACAGCGGUUACUGUUAGAGGCCGCACUGUGCAGAAUGUAAGAAAAAUGUAAGACUUUUGAGACUUUUAAGAAAAUGUGAGACGUUUUUAUUGAGGAAGAAACUAUGAAAUAUCUUGCGUGGGGAGAAAUUAAAGCUCAGUGGUGGGAAAAACAAAAAAAAAACAAACGAACCACGACUAUCCACAGCUAAGUUCAUGGAAAUCCGAACAUACGCUUUUGAAAUAUCUUGUCUUGAACCAAAGUGUUGAAAAAGGUACUCAUGAAUAUCCGUAUCAGGUUUCAUGGCUCUCUUGCAGUUGUCAAAAGAACUUGUUUGGACCAAAGUGUUAACCGCCAUUCCCCUCUUUGCUAGUUGAAGUGAAGCUCUGUAAAUAUUUGACCAUAAAUGCCAUUAUCACUCAC